UCUUAGUGGAGCCACGUCACUUUCUUCUUUACGUGUCGGUUUUACACUAAAACUUUCCCUAAGCAGCUUCCUUAACCUCUCUUCUUCCCAGCUCCAGACCACACUCAAUGCGCCAGCCAUGGCCUCCACCAACACCAACCCAGUAGACUCCGGCGAAGAAAAUCUCACUGUUGCACUGGGAGACCAAUCUACAGUUGUUGUGUCUUUGACAAACCGUGUAAAUACGCUCAAACGGCAAAUUCAAGCAGAGAGGUUUGUUUCGGUAAAGGAAAAGCUUGAGAUCAAUGCUCAGAAGCUUGCAAGUAACGUUGCUCAGUCGAUGUCUACAACUUCUAGAAAUGCUCUAUCAGUUGUAGAAGAAAAUAGGAAUGGGAAAAUGCUUCUCUCGAGGAUGGAGUUUCCUCUCUGUAAGUUAUCCGGGAUUGCUUAUGGUGCUGGAGAUAAAGAUUAUAUCAACAAUCAGGAGGUUGUUUACUCUAUUAGUAUUAAACUUCCAUACAUUGAGAAGUUGCCUCCUUACACAACGUGGAUAUUUUUGGACAGGAAUCAGAGAAUGGCUGAAGACCAGUCAGUAGUCGGUAGAAGACGCAUUUAUUAUGAUCAGCACGGCAGUGAAGCCUUGAUCUGUAGUGACAGUGAGGAAGAGCUUGCAGAACCAGAGGAUGAAAAACAUGAGUUCUCUGAAGGUGAAGACCGUGUGUUAUGGAUAAUUAUUCAGGAACAUGGAGUAGGCGAGAAUGUACUUCAAAUUUUAAGCCAUUCUAUUGGCUGUACCACAUCAGAAAUCCAGGAGCGGUAUAAUGUGCUUAAGGAAAGGAAUUACAAAACAGAUUUGAGUUCUAAAGUUUUGGAAGAAUCUAUGUCUAAGAAGGGAAUAUCUUUAUACAAGAGCCUCAGUUCAACGUUAGAUUCUUUUGAUAACCUCUUUUGUCGUCGUUGUAUGGUGUUUGAUUGCCGUCUACAUGGAUGUUCUCAGUCAUUAAUCUAUCCAAAUGAGAAGCAGCUCUAUUGGUCUGAGCAUGAGGAAGAAAGAAAACCUUGCAAAAAUCAAUGCUUCCUUGAGCAAACAAAGAACAAACAUCCAGAACGAAGAAACAAGAGACCAAGGUCAUCGAAACCUGAAGAGUCAGGUGCUCAUCUGGAAUCUGACACCAUACAAGAUGAAAAAUCUCUUACUGGAAAACUAUCGUCCAGUAGAUCCAAAGAUAUUUCUGUUUCUGAGGUGACCGCAGGCAUGAAUUCAGAUAUAUCUAUAGAGACUGCAACCAAUCCUGGACCUGGGGCAAAGCAGAAGGCCUUGGAGCACCAAAUUAAUGAUUCAGUGUCAAAUGACCCUGAGUUAAUUUCUGAUAAAUUUCAAGAUAUCAAGAAACAAAAGAUGUUGCCAUCCAUGGAUGUUGCAAAUACCUCUACUGACACCAACCCUGAACUCAGUAGAAUCACCAGCAUCAAAAGCAGUCAAGAGGAUAUUCAUAGACUUCAAAAAAAUGAAUUUCGAAGGGAUGCAAUAACUUUAGGUGAAGCCAAUGAACAAACUAAGGAGAAAACUUCUCCCUCCAAUAUUGCUUCAUGUAAUAAUUUUCCGGAUACUGCCAGGUCCGACACUGUAGAAGCCACAGAAUUGUCAACAUCAAAGCUGUCAGCUGAAACUGUCAGUGAACCUGUUGAAGGAACGAGGGGAAAUUCUGAGUGGAAGCUCAUGGAAAAAGAAUUGUACAUGAAGGGAAUAGAGAUAUUUGGAAAAAACAGUUGCCUUAUAUCUAGAAACUUGCUUUCUGGAUUGAAGACUUGCAUGGAAGUGUUCAAUUACAUGCACAAUGGUGGUGCUUCAACAUCACACAGGUCAAGCAGCAUGCCAAGUUCAAAUGCAGAUGACAAUGGUGGUUCUGAUAUUGACUAUACGGUAUUGGAUAUGCGAAUUAGAUCACGUCUACUUCGUAAACGAGGAAAAGCACGGAAGCUCAAAUAUUCUUGGAAGUCUGCUGGUCAUCCGUCUUUUUGGAAAAGGAUUGCUGAUGGGAAAAAUCAAUCUUGUAAGCAAUAUACACCAUGUGGAUGCUUGUCUUCAUGUGGAAAACAAUGCCCUUGUCUUCACAAUGGGACCUGCUGUGAAAAAUAUUGUGGGUGCUCAAAAAGUUGCAAAAAUAGGUUCAGGGGAUGCCACUGUGCCAAGAGUCAAUGCAGAAGCAGGCAAUGCCCAUGUUUCGCUGCUGGACGUGAGUGCGAUCCCGAUGUAUGCCGAAACUGCUGGGUCAGUUGUGGUGACGGUUCAUUGGGAGAGCCACCUAGACAGGGAGAUGGUCAGUGUGGUAACAUGAGACUCCUCCUAAGGCAACAGCAGAGAAUUCUCCUGGGUAAGUCUGAUGUUGCUGGAUGGGGAGCGUUUUUGAAGAACUCUGUCAACAAGAAUGAUUAUCUUGGGGAAUAUACAGGAGAACUAAUCUCACACCGGGAAGCAGAUAAACGAGGAAAAAUUUACGAUCGUGCAAACUCUUCCUUCCUUUUCGACUUGAAUGAUCAGUAUGUUCUGGACGCCUACCGUAAAGGAGACAAGCUAAAGUUUGCAAAUCAUUCAUCGAACCCCAACUGCUAUGCAAAGGUAAUGUUGGUGGCAGGAGAUCAUAGGGUAGGAAUUUUUGCCAAGGAGCGAAUUGAAGCUACUGAAGAGCUUUUCUAUGACUAUCGCUAUGGACCCGAUCAAGCGCCUGCGUGGGCUCGAAGACCUGAGGGUUCCAAGAGAGACGACACCUCAAUUUCGCAAGGGAGAGCUAAGAAACACCAAUCUCAUUGAUUUUCCAUUUAAAAAGGUUUGGAUGCACAAACCAUGUCCAUGUUUGCUUAUUAGAACUGUGAAUGUGUUUGUCAAAUAAGGAUGGGUGGGUGCUUUUAAGAAGUUAUAGAAAUAAUCAUACAUGUCAAUAAUACAGUAUUGUUUUAGAGGAAUGAUACAAUACCCUAAUAAAUUGUGGGAAAUAAUGUAUAACAUUAUAUGUAAUUGUAUACCAAAUUUAGAAUCAUUUUAUGCAAGUCGGGAAAUCCGAUUUGCACGUCAA